CUAUUCAUACUUGUCAUUUGUCAACACUGAUGUAUUAUGGCUUAUGCUGCCUUGAAACUGUUUUCUUACAAUUUAUUUUUGAUAUAAAUAAAAACGAAUCGCUAAAUGUAUUGCUAGCGUAAAACUAGAGAACGGCUCAACCAAUUCGGCUAUUUUUUAAUGGCUUUGUUUAAGUAUAGGGAAGGUUCUUAAGGAGAAAUAAAACAAAAAUGUUUCAAACAGGCCAGCAAGUUAUUGAUAUAUUAAAUUGAAUUGAAUAACAUCUCAUUCUUUAUUUUUAUUAUCAAGAAUCAAGCAAAACAAUACAGGACAGUUCCUAGUAAUAACAGAUCACAAAAUAUGGAAGAGUUAGAUGAAACAAAUGAGCUAACAAAAAACGUUGAAACGAAAUAUCCAUUGUUAUUGUUCGAAAAACAAAUUUUUAUGGAUGUGUUUGAAAAGGACGCCUUACUUAUUCUUGCUAAAGGUUUGAAUUAUAAUAAUAUAAUUUCAAAUAUUUUAUGGGUGUACAAAAAUCCUGCAAAUUUAGUCUUGGUAUUAAAUAGUAAUGAACAUGAAGAAACAUAUUUUAAUAAAAAAUUAAAUUUGUUUUCUCUGCCAAUCAAAGGAUCAGAAAGAGAGAAAACAUAUCUAGAAGGGGGUAUAUACUUUGCAGGUACAAGAAUAUUAGUUGUUGACUUAUUAAAGAAACGAAUACCAGUUGAUAAGAUUUCUGGAAUAAUAGUAUUAAGGGCACACACUGUACUAGAGUCUUGUCAAGAAGCAUUUGUUUUGAGACUGUAUAGACAAAAGAAUAAGACUGGUUUUAUAAAAGCAUUCUCAAACUCUCCUAUAUCAUUUACAUUUGGUUUCCAUCAAGUUGAGAAAGUGAUGAGAGCUCUGUUUGUUACAGAACUAUAUUUAUGGCCGAGGUUCCAUGGCACCACAAUUAAGAGUUUAAAAUGCAGACAAGCUCAAGUGGAAGAGCUCCACAUUCCUCUGACAUCUCAUAUGGGCAACAUACAAUCUUGCCUUCUGGAUAUCAUGAACUACACUGUCAAACAACUGAAAAGCAUAAAUAGAACUAUUGACAUGCAGGAAAUUACAACAGAAAACUGUUUAACAAAAAAGUUUCAUAAAAUUCUUCAAUCCCAAUUGGAUUGUGUUUGGCACCAGCUUAGCACAAGAACUAAGGAAUAUAUUCAAGAUCUAAAAGUUUUGCGAACUAUGAUUAUAAAUCUAAUUCACGAUGAUGCAGUAUCAUUUUACGCACUAGUAAGCAAAUACAGGACUGCAGAAUAUGCUCAAGUUAAUUCUGGAUGGAUUCUUUUGGAUUCUGCAGAACAUUUAUUUCGACUCGCCAAGGGAAGGGUGUACAAUAAUAAAAACGAAUUUGAUCCAGAGCCUCCCCCAAAAUGGCAAUGUUUAAGUGAUUUGCUUAUAAAUGAAAUACCAGAUGAAGUUAAAAAGAAGAAUGGUUCACUUAACAACACAAAAGUUUUAAUACUUUGCUUAGAUAAUAAAACCUGUUGUCAAAUAAAUAAUUUUCUCACUAUGGGCGCGUUCAGAUAUCUCUUAUACAACGCGUUUCGAAGGGAUUUGACAAUUAAUUCAGUAUCUGCGAAAUUUAAAAAUUUUAAAAACGAUUUAGCAUUGCAAAUUGACAAAACCGGCCUACAAACAUCAACACAAACAAGUGAGACAGGCAAAAUGAAUGAUCAGGAUAAUGCAGACGAGUUCAAUCAGUCUAAUUACCUACUUACUUUGUCUCAAAUUGCCACAGAGAAUAUUGAAAAGGAAAAACUAUUAGAAGCAAGCAUGUUUGAACCAAUUUCUCAGAUGGAAAAUAUAAACCUCACAGAGAUCGAAAAGGAAAAGCCAAUUGUAUGUAUACAAACAUUUAAACAGAAUGGCAACCACUUCUCUCUAGAAGAAACAUUAGAAUCAUUUCGUCCUGAAUAUAUUAUUUUGUACCACAGUGACAUAGCGGCUGUAAGACAAAUAGAACUGUUUGAGUGUAGAAAGGCACCACAGGAACCUAUCUCGAAAGUUUAUUUUCUAAUACAUGAUAAAACAGUUGAGGAACAAGCAUAUCUCACAUCUUUGAGGAGAGAAAAACAAGCAUUUGAGCUAUUGAUUCAAACUAAAAGUGUAAUGGUGGUACCAUCAUAUCAAGAUGGUAAGACUGAUGAAUAUUUUAAUCUUCAUGUGGAAGAAGAACCUACUCCUAGCGAUACUAGAAAAGCAGGCGGGCAAAAUCAACAAAAAGAAAAGCCAGUAAUAAUAGUUGAUAUGCGUGAGUUUCGGUCGGAUUUGCCUGCGUUACUACACCGAAAAGGGAUAAAUAUAGAGCCUGUCACUAUUGUUAUUGGCGACUAUAUUCUUACACCCGACAUUUGCGUCGAACGGAAAUCAAUAUCGGAUUUGAUCGGUUCCCUCAACUCUGGUAGGCUGUACACGCAAUGCACACAAAUGUGUCGAAAUUAUAGCAGGCCCAUAUUACUCAUCGAAUUUGAUCAAAACAAGCCUUUCAAUUUGCAGGGAAAUUUUGUUGUUUCCACUGAUAUAUCUAGAGUUGAUAUACAACAGAAAUUGCAGCUUUUAACAAUACAUUUUCCCAGACUCAAGCUUGUUUGGUCUCCAAGUCCAUAUGCAACUGUUGAACUAUUUUAUGAGCUAAAGCAAGGAAGAAAAAAUCCAAACGUAGCAGAAGCUUUAGCCCUUAGUGGGGAGAAUACAGCUGAUGAUGUGUGUUAUGAGAGAUACAAUAUUCUAGUGCAUGAUUUUGUACAAAAACUUCCCGGUGUCACCUCCAAAAACAUCACAAGAUUAAUGAACAGAGGUGUAUCAUUAGAUCAUUUAAUUAAUUUAUCUGAGAAUCAACUUGCAGAAAUUUUGGAAAAUAAAAGAGAAGCUGAAACUUUAUACUCAAUAUUGCACAUAAAAACGAAACCAUCAGAUUCAAAGAAAGAAGAAAAGCCAUUCGGAAAAAGGAAUUUUGGAGGAAAGUUAUUUAAAAAUAAAAAGUAGCUGUUAAAAAUAAAGUUUGUAUAAUUGUGUAAAAAGAUAACAAUGUCAAAAAUUAAAAUCAUAGUAUUUUCAUUGCAUUUUAUUUCAUGUCAUAGGAUAAAAGCGUUAACGCCAAGAACCUAAAACAAUUAUUUUAUUAAUUUAUAAUAAAUUAUAGGACUUAUGGUAAGGUACAUACUACGUUCCAACACACCACCAAUAUCUUAGAGGCAAUUAAAUUCAUCACAUAUUUAAAAGGACUAAUCUGAAAAAUUAUUCAUUAUUUGCCAUAGUUUAAAAUAGUGUAAAUAUCUAUCACAUGAGCAAAUUACAUACUACAAUAUAUAGCUAAAAGUACAAUACGUUAUAUAGUAGUACAGCUUUCCAGCCCUGAUUUUAAAUUUGAUGAGCCUAGACAAAUUCUUCCAUUUAAGCUACUCGAUACCAAUGAAAUAUUUAUCAAAUCUACUUUUACAAAGGGAAGCAUAAAAUACAAAUAGAACUUAUUUAUUUAGAUAUGUCUUAGAUGCUAUCACUUAUGAUACAUACAUACA